UCGAUAGAACAUGUGCGUUUUUGUCCUGAACGUCGUCGGCGGCGGCAGGUUUUGAGAGCUCUAAUCUGAUAAAUGCUUUUAUCUGUGCGCCCUCUAUCUCGGUUUCGCUUGCUCGCUCUUGCUGUCUCUCCCCUCGACGGACGACCGACCGACCGACCCGUGGAACAGAUUCUGGAUGCGUACAGUGCGUCGCCGUAGCGCUGAUCGUCGUCGUUUUCUUCGGUGCCGUUGUUGUUGUUAGAGUCUCGCGUCGUAGUGUUUGUUGUUAUUGAUGCAUCGUCGUCGUCGUCGUCGUCGCCUACUUUGCGAGAAGAUCGAUCUGCCCUCGUCAAGUGGAAAAUCACCGUCGCUUACUGAGUGAGUGCUUUGGGAAAAAUUGCACCCCGAUGAAUGAAGCAUAGUGAUCCGUGAUCCGUGAAAACAUCAAACGCUAAGUUGAGGUUUUUGUUUUUUGAAAGGGCAGAUUGAAGAUCACGUCGAAACCGAUGCGAUGCGGCGGUGGCAGUGACGUUUGAUGGAUUAAGGUGAAGAAUUACAUUCUUGAGUGAUUGAAAAAGUGCAGUGACAAAAGUGAAGAUUGAUAAUCAAUGAAUUACUGAGCACAAGUGAGUGAAAACAUUGGUGCAAAACGAUCCAAGAGCGAAAAUCUGACAGAAAGAAAGCAACUCGGAAGCGUUUGAGUGAGAGUGCGUUCGUGUGGGAUUUGGUGGCAGGAACCCGAAGGUACGGUGCGGGUGUGACCUUUUGUUUUCGAGACCGCGUCCGUGAAAAGCAGUCAAAAUCGUGCUCCAGUGGCAUAUUCCGGGCGAAAGCCCAUUCGAGCUAACCAAGAUUAAUAGCCUAUCGGAUAUCACCGGCGGAGGCGGCGGCAUGACGGUACCGGUACAGCGAAACUCGAUGGCCGUAUUGCAGCCUCCACGGUCACGGUUCAUGAUCAACGAUAUCCUGGCCGGAAGCCAAAGCCAUCAUCACCACCACCAGGGUCAUCAGGGCAACGGCGGUAGCGGUGGAGGAGGAGGAGGAGGUGGAGGUGGCGGAGCGGACAGCAUCAACGGCAGCAGUAGCGAAGGUCGAACGCCGAGCCCUGGUCCGCGGGAUCUGAGCAUAGUACCGGGGGGACAUCAUCUGCAUCAUCCGGGAGCCGGUGGCUUGACGCCGGGAGCGCAACAUCACCUAGGCCUGCAUCACCACCAUCACCAUCAUCACCAUCACGGGGUGGACGACGAUGUCAAGAGUGAAAGUGACAGCGACGACAGCGGUCCCCUGGACAGCUCCAGUGUGUGCAGUAACGGUGGCAAGGACGAGGACGGCAAUAGCAUAAAGAAUGGAAUGGGACUGAGCGGAUCGUCGGGACUGAGUAAAAAGCAGCGGAAAGCACGCACGGCCUUCACCGACCACCAGCUGCAGACGCUGGAGAAGAGCUUCGAGCGGCAGAAGUACCUGAGUGUGCAGGACCGGAUGGAGCUGGCGAACAAGCUGGGCCUGAGUGACACCCAGGUCAAGACGUGGUACCAAAAUCGAAGAACCAAAUGGAAGCGGCAGACGGCCGUGGGGUUGGAGCUGCUAGCGGAAGCCGGAAAUUACGCCGCUUUCCAGCGAUUGUACGGUGGACCGGCGUACCUCGGCGGUUGGCCAUACCCGGCCCAGGCUGGACCUCCAGGGGCUCCUCAGAGUGCGGUGGACGCUUACUAUCGGCAUGCCGCGGCGGCUGCCGCUCUGCAGAAACCCCUCCCGUACCGGAUCUACCCGGGCGUCCCGGGACUGGGAACGCUCAACACCAUUCCGGGUCCAAGCGCACCGUUCCCGCACCUGUCAGCGUCCUCGUCGUUAUCCACGCUCAGCAGCUACUACCAGGCUAGCAGUCAACAGGCGGCGGUGGCGGCUGCAGCUGCUGCCGCUUCCCACAACUCUCCCGGUGGCGCCGGAAGUCCCAACAACGGAAGCGCGGGCAUCCAAAACAGCGCCGGUGGCAUCCAUAACAAUAACAACAACAACAACAACAUCCACGGCAGCACCAGUAGUCUAAGUAGUCAACCCCGGCGGUCACCGAGUCCAACGCUGAAUCCGGGCAGUCCACCGGGGCGAUCCGAGAGCAAUCCGCCCAGUGACGACGAAGACGAAAACAUACAGGUCUGAGAGCCCAGUGUGAUCCCCGAUGAAAAACACUCAUAUACGUAUAUAUAGAGAUAGCAGUGUAAGGAAAGAAAAUAGUGAUUAUUAUUUUUAAUAGCAUUUAUUUAAAGCAGAUAUUAUUUUUUUAAAAAGAGGGAAUAAUUAGCGAAAUGAAAAGAGGCGUCGAAUCGCGGGGAAGGGGCAAAGGUGACGGAUGGAACGGGGAGGCGUUUGCGCCCCAAAAAGGUGAAAACAAGAUGUCAGCACCUUCGGAUCGUGCGAAAUUUACACAAAAUAGGCGCGUGAAGUCGGAAAAAUAACACCACCGUCCGUGGCGAGAAAAAUAAAACACAAAGCAUAACACCGAAGGGGACCCCGUCUCGUUUAUAACUGUUUUGUUUUGGUUUAAAUUAAUUUGCGGUACAUAAAUAAAUAGAGAAAAGCGACGCGGUUCGUUGCGCGUCCGUCCGUUCGCUUCUGUUUAUAUUGAGCCAAAGAUCAACAAAAAGUGAACUGCGCGUGAUUUGCGACCC